UAAUUUUCACAUUCGCCCAUAAACUUUUUGCGAAUUUCAAUCAAAACGACGACAUUCCGAAUGGUAGCUUCAAUACGAUCAUGGCAGCUUCCAUAUCUAAAACCCUAACCAGAAAUCUUCUCCGGCGAAGUGGUGAGACUACACAAGCAUUACAGCUCCGGUUAUCCUCCGCCGCUGCUUCAGCUCCUGCCAUCUCUGUGACUGAAACUCAACCUCCAGAGAGAGGUGGACCUUCAAAAUGGUCAAACUUACUGCUCUUCGUACCGGGGGUCAUCACCUUUGGCCUUGGCUCUUGGCAGAUCAUCAGAAGGCAAGAUAAGAUUGAAAUGCUUGAGUACAGACAAAAUCGAUUGCGAAUGGAUCCUCUAAACUGCAAUGAGGUUUCUCCUUCAGGUGAAAAUGUGGAUUCCUUGGAGUUCUGCAGGGUACUAUGUAGAGGAGUGUUUGAUGAGAAGAAGUCCAUUUUCAUAGGGCCACGCUCCAGAAGCAUUUCAGGGGUGACUGAAAAUGGUUACUAUGUUAUUACUCCUCUCAUGCCUUUGGCAAAUGAUCCUAAGAGUGUGCAGGCACCAAUUCUUGUCAAUAGGGGAUGGGUCCCCCGGAAUUGGAGAGACAAGUCUUUGGAAAUGGCUGCGGCUGAUGAACAACCUUCAAGUAUUGCACCGCCAUCUCAAGAGAGUGGAAAGAGCUCCUGGUGGAUGUUUUCUUCAAAAAAGAAUAAAGUAGAAGAGGAUCAAGUUCCAACUGUUAAACCCACAGAAGUGAUUGGAGUCAUCAGAGGAAGUGAGAAGCCAAGUAUAUUUGUUCCAGCAAAUGAUCCCAAUUCCUUCCAGUGGUUCUAUGUUGAUGUUUCAGCCAUUGCUCGUGCUUGUGGACUCCCUGAGAACACACUCUACAUUGAAGCCAUCAAUGAUAAUGUCGACCCAAGCAAUCCUUAUCCAAUUCCAAAGGAUACAAACACAUUGGUUCGGAGUUCUGUAAUGCCACAAGAUCAUCUUAACUACACAUUUACAUGGUAUUCUCUGUCAGCUGCUGUGACGUUUAUGGCUUAUAAGAGGCUACAGUCAAAGAAAACCCGGAGAUAGCAAACGUUUGAACUUGUUCCUUUGAGGGUAUUUUGGCAAUGUAAGAUCAGCUAGUCGUUGAGGCAAUGCUGCUAAUUUGCGCCCCAGGGCCCUUGAGAAUAUCACAGAAUAGCUUUCAUGUCAUCGACCAUCUCUAAGGAGAGAAAAGCUGCUAUAUUUUCAACUCGUCUUAGACCUUCAAUCCUUUUUCUCCUACAUUCUACAGGCGAAUGCAACCCAUUUUUUUUAAGUGAUACCAACCCAAUAAUGUCGAUUUAGUAAUAUUCUCAAGAUUUUGUCAUCUAA